AUGCCCGAUUUCAUUUCAGGCUAUAAAACCCUAUGUGGAAGCUGGCUGGAGCAGCCAAAUGUCAUCGUGUCCAGGGAAGGGAGUUCACAGUUACGACGGCGGAAAAAGGAAAAGGCGGACUGGAUUUGGACAUGCUGCAGUUGUCGGACAUCACACAUUGAAUCUUCCAUGAUCCAAUGCACUGAAGGCAACAAAUCGAGAUGCCAAUGUUGCGAGGUAGAAGAGAAGAGUGAGUCUGAGAGAGUCAAAGACAAUAGGAAUCUUCAACAAAGCCCGGAGCUUACGGAAGGAAUGCUUAAGAUUUUGAAUGAUAUAUACGCUGAUCCUGAAAAGAUUGGGGCCAAAAGCUUGGUUGGUUGGUUCAUGACCAACGGUGGCAAGGAGCCCAGACGUAGGUAUCAAGCCGAAGUGGUCAACCAUUUCUGUCACUCAAACGAGCUUCAAGAACUACAGUCCAACAGCUCCAAUAUCUCAUCCAGAAAGUCAUGUCUUAUUGAUGAUAGAACGAGUAACGGCAUAGUUUCGACCAGCAAUGGCGACCGGAAGCCUCUGACUUCCCACGGAAUGUAUAUUAGACUCGUGGAAAAGGUAGACCUCUCCGCUUCCCAAAUUGAGCAUCAGUGGUAA